AAAAUAGAAUUUUUUGUACAAAAGUUUUCGAAGACUUGUGCGCUCUCUUUUAAAUGUCUUUGGCCUAACAAAACUCUCUUGGAGUAUUCUCUUUUUACCAGAUAUCCAAAAGGCAAAAAGAGAAUACUGAAUCCAAAACGCCGAAUGCAAAACGAAGACCAAGUCCUCAGAAAGUUAACGUUAAAUUUAAUGGCUUUUGGGUGGCUUUGCUCUGCUUAAGCGAGUAUGUGUGUGUAUGUGUGUAAGCGGUUCUAUUGAAAGUGGAAACUACAGCCAACUUCAAGUCAGUUAGAUUUGGAAGCCAUAGCGAACUGUCAACGUCAACGACGACAACGCAUAAAUCCCCACAAAACGUAAUUAAGCCCAAAAAUACAACAAAUCCAAUCAAAUAUAUUGGCGGCGCCAGCAGAGUAGAAAAACGUGUUGUGUUUUUUUGUGUAGUGAGCAAGCCAGAGAAACAAAAAAAGAAAAUUAGCAAAGAAAAAAAAUAGAAAAAAAUAUUUUUUUAUUUAAAACAUAAUCUUGAAAUUCAAUUGAAAACCGUCUAAAUCAUUAAAUCGUGGACUGUUUGUCUUUAUAGUUCUUUUUUCUACAGGAUUAUUAUAUUGAUCUAAGUAGUCCAGAAACCAUCCAAAAAGUUUACAAUAAUCGCCUUUAGCGCUAAACCGAAAACAAAAAAUUUAAGAAUAUUGAAAACAAAAUAAAAAAAUUCUCUAAGAAUUUUUGAAUGGUGUAAAAUUUACAAGACACCAAAGAGACACCGCCCUUGGAAAACCACAAAUACGAUAUUCUGUGUUUUGCUAAAGCCGCCUGCUCCCCACUACUGGCCCCCUGCUAAAACGAAAGGCAAAACAUCGUGAAACUAAACAAAAAACCAAAAUUAAGCAAACAUAUCCCUAACAAAUCUGUGUAAACACCUGCCUAUAAAACAUCUUAAUAUUCAAGCUUCUCACCUACUCGCCAGACGUUCGCUCGUACACUCUCUUUGCCCAAACGUCCCACAACUACUUGGCUCUUGUAAACAACCAGACAAGUGUUGCAAAAUCUUUUGUAAGCAUCUCCUGGUAAAAGUGUGCGAUUUGCGAUUUGCUUUAAUCCAAAAACCCAAACAGUGUCUAAGUGAGUGAGGUAUCUCAGUGAGUGUUUGUGUGUGUGUGUGUGUGCGUAAUUUCAAACAAGCCGGCAACUAUUUCCCAGUGUAUUGCCAAACACUAGCAGCACCCCACUACCCCAUCUACAAUCUCAAUCACUUACUUGCUUGCUUCAAUUCAAUCGAUAAAUCGUCUGUGAGCAGCCAUUGUCAUCAUGUUGAUUGGAUUAGUACGCGAUUCUGUUAUGCAGUGCUUCUGCCAUACAUGCCGGGCUCCCAUACUCCCAGCUGUAUCAAGGAGACAAGCACCAAUUAAAAAAGCUAACAAAAUACGCUCAAAACAACCCAGGUUAUCGAAGAAAGUUAAAUUCAUAACCACUGAGAUCCGCUGCCAGGAAAAAUCGCGCGGUGGUUUGAGUUAUGAGGUUAUUCUGGCUGAGCCAGCACCCAAUGUAACCGUACCCAAAAAGCCUGUAACACCAGGCAAAAAUGUCUCAGCCGAAGAAAUUGAGCAAAAGUUAAAGGCAGCCGAAGAAAGACGUAUUUCUUUGGAACAAAAGAAAAUGGCCGAUUUGACUUACAAAUUGGCGAAAAUCGAAGAAGCCACACGCAAAAAGGAUGAAAUCACCAAUGAGUUCAUCAAUCAAACCAAGGAACAAUUGGAAUCGAAAAUGGAACAACAUGUUGAAAAGCGUGAGGCCAUUAUUAGUGAUUUGAAAGAAAAAUUGAAGAUUCAUUCUCAAGAAAUCGAAAAAACUCGAGAACAAUUGGAACAACAAAAAUACAUUGAAAAAAUCGCUAUUGAAGAGAAACUAAAGACCGCUCAAUCUUUGCGCGAUGAGAACAUUAAGAAGAUGUUGGAACGCCUAAAGGAACAUGAGCGCCGUGCUGAAUUGGUACGUCAAAACAAGGCAGCAGCCCAACAGCCAUUAAGCGAGGAUAACUCAGCACCCAUUGCCUCAUCUGGCUAGAAGAAUUUGGAACGAAUAAUGCAACAGCAAUUACAACACAAUACUACUCAACAGUAAUAAUGGCAAGAUGAUGGAGAUGAAGGAAUAAGUGAUUAUUAAAACAACUAACAACAACACAGCACUACAAAAAAAGAAAACUGCUUCAAAUAAUUAAAAAAAAAACAUAAGAAAAAUACUACAACAUUAGAGAUGAUGAUCAAAUUUCGUUUUGGGAAAUCACCCAUAUAAAGAUUUUUCAAAACGCGCAUUAACAGAAAAAACAAAACAAACACACACAAACAACAGAAGAACAUGGAAUAAAACUCAUAAACAACUGCUAAUAAUGAAAAUUUCCGUUUAAUUAUUAAAAACAAAAUAAUAAUAAUAAAAAAAAACAAUUUCUAAACUAUAUACUCAAAAGAAAAGAAGAAAUUUUCAAAAACAAAAAAAAAAUUCAAGAACAUGGUAAAACAAUAACAAAACGCAUAUAAUCCCCCCUCUCUAUCUUUACUAUUAAUUAUUACACAAACAAAAAACAACAACAAAUACUAAUUAUAUUUUUCAUUAACAAAUUAUUAUUACAAGAAGAAGAAGAAAAACCAAGCAAAACAAAAAGCAGCAGCAAGAGAAACUCAUUAAAUAUUAAACAAGAAUGAAAAAAACCCAAAAGCUGAUAUUUCAAAUAUAGCAUCAUCCAAAACCACAAAAACAACAACAGCGACAUCUACAGUAAGAUGAUCUUAUAACCAAAAACAAAAACUCUGCUUAAAUAUGGAACUUACCCUGCCCUAGUCCCAUCUCAAAACGUUUAAGACAACAACAAAAACAGCGGCAGCAGCAGCAACAGCAUUAACAAAACCCACAGCAACACAUGUUCGCUGAUAUGCAAAUGAUUUAAUAGACUUAGUAUUAAAACUUUAUAUUUUUGCACUAUUUCUGUUAAAACAACAUAUUCUAACCAUAGUUCUAAAAACAACCAAUCAAAAUUUUCAUUAUUUUAAUUCGUUUUAUUGAGAGCAAAAAUUGAUUGAUUGAUUGAUUCAUUAAGCGUAUAACAACACCCACUUAGCAAAACACAAUAACACAACACCCCAAACACUUACAUACACAAUAAAAAACCCCAUAACGUAUCAACACCCAACAUUUCACAGAGUUGUUCAACAACUGAUAUGACAGGGUGUUUCAGAGAUUAUAAAUUAUUAACCACAUGGGCUACACCGAAGAGCGAUUAAACAUCAACAUCAUCGUCAACAUGUGUAAGGUCGUUGUUAUGCUUAAUAAUAUUCAUAAUGUAAAUGUUUAAGUUUGAGUUUUUGUUUUUCCCCUCCUAAUUUUUUUCUCAUUUUCAUUUAUUUUUAUUAAAAAAAUGUGAAUUUCCAAGUAUUAUUAUAAAUAUUAUUUUUUUUAACCGAACACUGUAAUGUCUCUUCUGAACCUUUUCCUCCCAACCAAAGCCUGGCUGCUUCAAGGAGAUGAUAUGCUUACAAGUUUAUAAACCUUCAUAUGAUUUAUAUAAUUAAAAACAACAUUUCUUUUCAGUAAUUUACUUAUAUACAUAUGUAUAUGUAAGUUUCAUUGAAAUAUAAUUUCCAUUUUUAAUUUUUUUUAAUAUGUAUCGACGUGUAAGUUCUUUUUUUAAUAAAAACCAUAAAAUGCUUCAAAAAAAUCAAUAAAAACAUUAUUUAAACAAAAAA